UCUAUUGCGUUUUCGUUAAUUUUUAAAUUAAACCAUGAUACUACUACUACUACUACUACUACUACUACUACUACUACUACUACUACUACUACUACUACUACUACUACUACUACUACUACUACUACUACUACUACUACUACUACUACUACUACUACUACUACUACUACUACUACUACUACUACUACUACUACUACUACUAAUAGUAAUAAUAUUGU